AUGAGCAUGUUUUUCUCUGAGGCAGCAUGGCUCUGCCUGUCUGUCACCGCAGUGCUGGGGAGCACAGUUCUUUGCACAUACAAGUGCCCGGCACAGCUGCAGAGCCGGGUGGUUUGCCUCGCGGUCCUCUGGGGAGGGGCUUGCCUGCUCGGCUUAUCCUUCUUCUGGAGCUUGAUCCUCUUUUGCUUGUCAUGUUUCCUCCUGUACAUGUCCUCUGGUGAAGAGUUCUUACCUGUGGAUGGAAAGGCAGUCCUGGUGACAGGUACCGAUACAGGGAUCGGCCAUGCUUUAGCCAAGCAUUUGGACAAACUGGGCUUCAUGGUCUUUGCUGGAGUUCUGGAUGAAAGAGGCUCAGGUGCAGAGGAGUUGCGCAAAACCUGCUCUAACUUCCUCUCAGUGCUCCAGAUGGAUGUCACCAAGCCGGAGCAGAUAAAAGAUGCUCACCACAAGGUCAUAGAAAAGAUGCAGGACAAAG